AUGCCCCUCUGCAGAAAUUCAUUUAUCCUGGCCAGCCCCAACACCAGGACUAGACCUCCAGACAAGAACAAGAGCCUUCGAGAAGCUGGUGCUCAGUAUGGCACCCGCUGGGUCAUUGCUGCCGCGACUCGCAACAGGGAUCAACCCAUUGGCUCCGCUGGAGGCACUUACGUGAACAAUGCAGCUUUCUCUAUCUUCGGAGGUAGCAAGCCGACGACAAUUCCCAGCAACCGCUCCAAUUCCUACAGGGACCUGUCCAAUAUCUUCGGCACGAUAACUGGCACUGCGAUCGGAGAUGACGUGCAGUACCAGAUCCAUGGGCUUUUCACCAUCCUGACCAGCGCGAACGUGCUGAGCCCCGGUGCGGAUGGGACCACCAGGACACAUUAUUUAUCUGACGCCAACCAGCUGGAAUGGGAUAUCAGGCAAAGUCUGAUCGACUCAUGGUCCGGCGAGACGAACGUCAACACCUCUAUUACUGAUACAUCCCCCCAAAGUACAACUAGCGGCAGCGGCAGCAAGUCGGAGAAUACCACUCCCGAUGUAGCGUCGGGGCUGGUUCCCACCCGCAACCGAUGA